AUGUCGUACCACCAACACGCUAUGCCUUCCGCAAUGGGCUUGGCCAACGUCAACUGGGAUCCGUCUUUCUACUACCCAAUCGAUUAUUCAAAUCAGCUCCGUAAGUUACAGUUUUGUCGGUUCAAUUCUCAUGAAAUUAUCUUUCAGAAAACCGCUUUGCUCAUUCGGAAAUGCCCUUCCCGAAUAUGCCUGUAAUUCCUGAGAACCAACAUCAAACGGGACCAAUUGCAAUCAUUCUGACCAAUCGAAAAAUUUGGCAGAAGUACUAUAAAGCGGUGAAUGAAAUGAUGGUGCUCACCACUGCACGUGAACGGGACUCAAGCCGAUACAAACCGGUUUUGAGAAUCUGGAAGAAGAGAAUCUGGAGAAUCUGGAACUUGGACUGCGUUCAUGCGUUCUCUUCAUCCCGUUCCGACGUUACCACGCCACCCGCCAAUGCAGCGCCGUCUCAGGCAACUGAGCAAGUUCUGAAUGCAUCGAGUGCGGACAUUUCUCGAUCGGAAGCCUACAGUCCAAACAACAGUUCUGGAUACGGAUCGGGAUACAACUCAAUGUGCGAUAAGUCGUCGAUGUUCGUUCCCGUGCAAGCACCGGUAUUUGGAGGAAACGCAUACAAUCCAUGGCAAAUGCCAUCCACGUCAUCAUUUGUUCCGCCUCCAUCUGUGACCUCCAGAUCAAUUCACUUCUCACUAUGGUCCUACCCCUUCAACCUCUUUCAAUGCUCCCGCUGGAUCCGGAUAUUACCAUGA